AUGACUUCGAAUCCGGUUUCCAGCAUUCUGGAGAAUGUUUCUCCACGCACUGCCGUCGCGGUUCUCGUGCUGCUGACCAUAGUCUUUAGGAUCGUCAGCUAUGUCUCCAGUUACAGGCGGCUGAGUCACAUCCCCGGACCUCCCCUCGCCGCUUGGACGAAUCUGUGGUGGGUCAGGGCUGCCACGAGUCGCAAGGGACAUCUGUACCUCUACGAAGCACUGGAAAAAUACGGGCCUCUUGUGCGCAUCGCCCCAAACAUACUUGUCACGUCUGACACCGAUCUGGUUCGCAAGGUCAAUGCUGUUCGCUCGCCAUAUAGAAAAAGUGAUUGGUACAAAGCGUUUCGGUUCGAUGCUGAUCGCGAGAAUGCCUUCUCUGAGACGAACAAGGACAACCAUGCCAGGCUGAAGUCAAAAUUGACCCCAGGCUAUUCUGGAAAAGAAAAUCCAAACCUUGAGCCGGACAUGGACAAGGUGAUCCUGACCUUUGUUGAUCUGAUCAAGUCGAAAUACGUCUCGAAAACUGGCAGUCUGAAGCCUGUUGACAUAGGACAGAAGAUCCAAUUCUUGACUCUGGACAUCAUCACAUGUCUCGCCUCAGGCAGACCGUUCGGCUGGCUCGAAGAUGAGGACAAGUACGAGUAUAUCGCGACGAUGGAAGCGAACUUUCCCGCCAUGAACUUCAUGUCAGCAGUGCCCGUCCUCUCACGCCUGAUGAGAGCACCUGCAUUCCAGCGUAUGACGCUACCCACCGUCAAAGACCGAGUCGGCAUGGGUAAAGUCAAAGCUGUGGCCCACGAGAUCAUCGCAAAGCGCUUCGAAGAGAACAAAACACAAAAACAACCCAGAAACGACAUGCUGCAAAGCAUGAUAAAUCACGGCCUAAAUGAAGGUGAGAUAGCUGACGACUCACUACUGCAGAUCCUCGCAGGCAGCGACACUUCCGGCACCAUCUUGCGCUCAGCUCUAAUCUUCACAAUCGCCAACCCACGCGUCUACCACCGUCUCCAAGCUGAAGUCACCUCAGCAGGCGUCCCCAGCGACCAAGUCAUUUCCCACGCCCGCGCCCAGGAACUCCCCUACCUCAACGCAGUCAUCAAAGAAACCCUGCGCUACUACCCCGUCAACACUGGCCUGAACCCCAAAGUCGUCGGUCCAGAAGGCGACAUCUACAACGGCCUACACAUCCCUCCCGGCACAGAGAUUGGAUACUCCGCCUGGGCCCUCUACCGCCACAACCCCCUCUACGGCGCUGACUGCGCCCACUUCCGCCCAGACCGCUGGAUCGAAGCUGAUCCUGACUUGCUCGCGCGCAUGGAGCGAGAACACGAACUUGUCUUCUUGACGGGCAGGUACAAGUGUCUUGGCGAGCGGAUUGCGAGGAUCGAGUUGUUGAAGUGUUUGUUUGAGAUGAUGAGGCGGUUUGAUUUUUCUUUUAUGGAUCCGUUGAGACCGUUGCAGAAGGAGGAUAAUUAUGGGUUGUGGAUUCAGCGGGGUUUGUGGGUGCGGGUUGAGGAGUUGGAGGUUGAAUGA